AACGCAUACUACCCCGACGACAUUCCCUUCUUCAUCUUCCUCUUCCGGAAUUCAGACGCCAUAAAUCUUCUCAAAAAUCCUUUCUCCGAAAUCCUAAUUCCCAUUUCCUCUGAAGAAACCUUUUCAAAUGGACUAUCAACAACAACAAUGGCGUUCGAGACCUCCGAUCCAAGGCCACAACUCCCUCUGCCCCACCUGCUCCUUCCCUCACUUCCCCUUCUGCCCUCCCCACCCUCCCGCCUUCCACUUCGCCGCCGAUCACUCCUUUCCUCCUCCUCCGCCGCCGCCGCCGCCGCCCUUCGUUCACCGCCCGAUCUUCGGAAACCCUAGGCCGUACGAGCACUUCGCGUACGGAGAAGUCUUCGCGCCGCAAUCGCAAGACUACGGUGAUGGUAACGGUUUUGCCGGCGACGGCGAUAGGAGCUACAAGAGGCCUAGGGUUGAUGAUUUCGGUUCCGGCUCGGUUUUGUCGGACGACGAGCGGAGAUUGAAGCUGAUUCGCGAACACGGCGGCGCGCCGAGCGAGAGGAAUGGAUUCAAUUCGGACGCGAAUCAUGGAAAUCUGAGUUUUUUCCGUCAAUUGGAGAGUAAUCGAGCUGAGAGCUCUGGGAAUCAGAAUCAUUUUUCGUUUGAUCCCAACCAUCAGCUUCCGCAGCACCAUGGAAUGCAAAAUCCCAAUCUUGGAGGCUAUUUUCCGCGGCCCGAAAGGACGGGCCCCAAUCCUAUGCACGCUUCUUCUCGGUUUUACGGUGUGCACCCUCCUCUUCCAGCUUCUCCUCCGCCUCCUCUUCCUAUGGACUCGCCAUUGCAGCCGAGAAGGUCUCCGUCUUUGUUUCCCGUUCCCGUUAGUUCAUCUGCAAUUACGUCUUCUCCUUGUCCGCCAAUUCCUGAAGGGCAAUCCUUGGCUCAGCCGUAUUUCCAUAGUAAGCCUUUAAUGCAUACUUCUACUGGCUUUGCAACGCAGGAAUCGCAGGCCAUUUAUGGGACGUUGCCAAAACAGUACAUGGGAGAGGAACAAUCUUUUCCAUUGAGAAAUUCUUCUUCCGAUAAGGCAACAAUCGUUGAUGCUUCCCAAUUAUUUAAGCAGCCACACCGAGCUACUCGCCCGGAUCAUUUCGUGAUAAUCCUUAGAGGACUUCCCGGUAGUGGAAAGAGCUACUUAGCAAAGAUGUUGCGCGACACAGAGGUUGAAAGUGGUGGUGCUGCUCCACGAAUUCAUUCUAUGGAUGAAUAUUUCAUGAUAGAAGUUGAAAAGGUCGAGGAAGGUGAUUUUACAAAAUCUUCGGGUUCUGUCAGAGGCAAGAAGCGAGUCAUAAAGAAAGUGAUGGAGUAUUGCUAUGAACCGGAAAUGGAGGAGGCCUAUAGGGCAAGCAUGUUGAAAGCAUUUAAAAAGACCGUUGAGGAGGGAGCUUUCACCUUCAUAAUUGUGGAUGAUCGCAAUCUGCGGGUUGCCGAUUUUGCUCAGUUUUGGGCAAUCGCAAAGAGUUCAGGAUAUGAAGUUUAUAUAUUAGAAGCUUCUUAUAAGGAUCCUGCGGGCUGUGCAGCGAGAAAUGUGCAUGGUUUUACCCUAGAUGAUAUACAAAAGAUGGCCGGAGAAUGGGAAGAAGCUCCAUCUUUCCACUUGCGUGUGGAUGUAAAGUCACUGUUUAGUGGAGACGACUUGAAAAAAAGUGGAAUUCAAGAGGUGGACAUGGCCAUGGAGGAUGAAGAUGCUGUUGAACUUCCAUCUGGAUUGCUAGGACAAAUUACUGAUAAAACAAUAGCACCUGCUGUUGGGGAUGAUACAUCACUUGAUUCUUCAGAGGAUGAGAACAGCUGGAAUGCUGAAGAAGAGAAUGAAACAGAAGUGAAAGAACUAGGUAGGAGUAAAUGGUCAAAUGAAUUAGAUGAAGAUGACACAGAACAAACUGAACCCAUAAAGGGUAAUUUAAAUGCCUUAUCUGGGCUAAUUCAAGCCUAUGGUAAGGAAGCAAAAUCUGUUCGAUGGGGUGACCAGGGUGGUGUCAAUACUGGGUUUUCAAUAAGUGCUGCCAAGAAGGCAAAGACCUUGUCCUUGGUGAUUGGACCGGGAGCUGGAUACAAUUUGAAAUCCAAUCCAUUACCUAAAGAAGACCGAUUCACGCCAAGAAAUAGUGAUGAGGAGUUAAAGAAGCACAGUGUGUUUCAAGAGCAACUUCGUGCGGAGUGCGAAUCUUUCAAAGCUGCUUUUUCCAGAAGGCAACUGAGGAUUGGACUUGAUUGCGAUGAAUAAAAGUUUUUUGGAAGUGCCAAGUUUUUUCCUUCAAGUUGAUUAUUCUCGUCAUUUUUUUUGUACGGGUUAAUAUGGCUGUUUGUUGAUGUGGAUUAACCCUUCAGUUCCUUGGGUGUAUGAGCAGAAUGAUAGUUCAAUUUGUGGAAAAUAAAUUAGGUUUUCCGCUCUUUCA